CGCGCCGCAAUGCGUCGCCAUUUUGUCAUUUCCUAGUGUACAGUGCUGCAGUUAUUGCGAUUUGUUGAUUAUUUUUAAAAAUACUCAUAUCCCCUGACUUACUCAUUACAAAUAAAUAAGACUUCAAGGUUGUCAUAGCGUGGGUUCAUGGUUAUCUCCAAUGUUUUUCUCAUAAAUAAUCGUCUAUCUCUACGUAUAUGCAUGUAUAUAAAUAUAUAGUAAUUAAAUAUAAACCGACAAUGUCAAGAUAUCGCGAGUGGGAUUUAUCAUGCAAAGUUUAUGUCGGUAAUUUGGGCAGCAGUGCAAGUAAACAUGAAAUAGAAAACGCUUUUAGUCAGUACGGGCCCUUGAGAAAUGUCUGGGUCGCGAGAAAUCCUCCGGGUUUCGCGUUUGUGGAGUUUGAAGAUCCCAGAGAUGCUGAAGAUGCCGUCCGUGGUCUUCAUGGAAAACGUUGCUGCGGAACCAGAGUAAGGGUUGAAAUGUCAUCGGGAAGAAGUCGUCGUGCUGGAGGUGGUCGGAGACCGGGUCCUAAAUACUCAAGGUCGAGAUCGCGCAGUCCCCGUAGCACUGGAAGAUCUGUGUCUCGUCACUCCAGGUCUCGUUCGCGAAGCCCAGAUUACUCUCCGUAUGGUCAAAUUCCCAGAUUCUACAAGUGUCAGCUCCUAAGUCUGCUCAUCUCCCCGCCACUACUAUCACCACUACUAGCAUUACUACUACCGCUACUGCUACUACUUCUACUACAGCCACCGUGAAAAAUAAAUAAACGUCUAGCAAUAAAAAAAGUAGACUUUAAAAAGUCAAAAAAUGAGUUUAAGUAAAAACAAAACAAAAAAAUUAAAAAAAAAAAAUAAAUAGCCUGCCUGCCCACUAACUUCCCAACCAGUCACCAUCAGUCACCAACCAAGUCACCAAUAGGAGCCAGUCGUCUGUCGGAUCAGUCAGUCAGUCAGACAGUCCGUUGCUGUCCGUCGUGUACGUCAAUUACCCUUCAAUAAUCCAACUUCGGGCGACCGCAUCUCUUCUAAGCCGUCUAGGAGCACCGUUAUCCAUCAAUCAGUCAAUCAAUCAAACAAGCCAACGCGAUAUGAACUCGACGAUCAAAAUAUUCAGCGCGUAUCGUCCCAACUUCUACUACUACUAUUACUGCUACUACUACCACUACUACUAGUACUGCUACUACUACUACUACCACUACCGGCAAUCACGGCGUUUUAAUUGGCUGAAUAAUUAAAAAAAAAAAUUAUAAAAA